UUUUGCCGGAAGGAAAGUCGGAUUGUGUCAAAUUUAGCAGAGCUGCAAGAGACAACCUCGUUUUCUUAUUGAUCUACGCGGGAUAUUUUUUUAAUAAAAAGGUUAUCUUCUCACAGAGACGUACCUUGAAGACACCUGACAGCUGAGAACGCACAGAAAACAAUGCCACUGAUGAGGAGUACAUACCAUGAGGCUUGAGCUGAGGCCGUCAAAUGAAACAUUGCAUUCAUCGGUGACAAACAGCUGUCAUGGAAACCAAGGCAAAUGGUUCGAUGGACACCAAAAGUUCGGUGGAGAACGGGCAGCUUCCAGACCCGGCCCACUGGGCAGUAGCAGACGUCGUCAAUUAUUUUAAAGCUACUGGCUUUGAAGAGCAGGCAAAUGCUUUCCAAGAUCAGGAAAUCGAUGGCAAAUCUCUUUUAUUAAUGACUCGUAAUGACGUUCUGACUGGACUCUCGAUAAAACUGGGCCCUGCACUGAAGAUUUACGAAUACCACGUGAAGCCACUUCAGACCCAACACUUGAAAAGCAAUGCCUCAUAGCACUGGGGACCGGCCAGCCCCCUUGGAAGACAAUCAUGCCAUGGAACAGCAGGGUAACUGCAGACCGAAGCAAGGCCACGUCCUUGUGUGCAUUUUAUGCGUCUUUGAGGACGAGCAAAGAAAGAAAGAAACAAAAAAACUUUAAUGUGAAUUUGUCUUUCUCAGUCUGAGUUUGUUGUACAGGUACAUGUUACGUUUGUCGCAUUGAUUUAUGAUUAAUGGUGUUAUGUUUGAAAUUUGUUUUUUUUUUUUUAAAUAGACCCUUUGUGAACUUGUACAUAUGUUGAAAUAUUCACUAUUGUUUGCGAUUUUUAAAGAUUUUAAUUGUAUAUGUAAAAGAUUAUGUGUGAAUGUGUCUGGCACUAAGAUUUUAAACACUAUUGUGUAAGAUGUUGCUAGGUAAGACUUGCAUUACUCCUUCAUAGGGUUUAAUGGGGAAUGAACUCUGCCUCAUCGGCUUGUACAUAUGAGGAGAAAGUGGCUAAAAGGAGGGGCUGAUAAUUUAUUUGUUGUUGCUUUUUUUUUUGUUGGUGCUUGUUUCCUUUUUCUCCUGAAAGGUAUUUAAGUCAUGAAUAGUUGUAUUUAGGUUACAGAUCAAAAGAUCAAUUGUUUGGCUCUGAGAACUGUAACCAUCCUACAGCUGUGUGCAGUUUUAUUAAGGUUUUAUUUUAUUUAAACAUACUGAACUAAGAACUCUCACAAAGCAGUUUAACAGGUAGCUAGAGUCUGGUAUCUAAACCAAAACCAGGCUCCGUUUUUUUGUGUGUUUUUGGUGCAACUAGCUUGAUUAAGCCAUGGUUAGUCAUAACUAGUCUUUCAAUGUUUUCAUGUUCAUUUUUGCUUGAGGUUGACAAAAUGACUUUUAGAACGAACGA